AUGGCUCGAUGGAAACCACUCAGCCCGAGCUCAUCACAAACAGCCCGCAAAAUCGCUCACACGAGGCUUUCAAGCUCCCGUGAAAAACCGCGCACACAGCCCAUCCGGGGGACUCUUAACAAUGCCAAACCGCGAAGCAUCCAAAAGGGCCAGACGGAACCUGAAAGGAACCAUGGCCGUGCCGUUGCGUUACGGUGCCCACCCGCCUGCCCGGGUGAGCGUGCCGGGAUUCGAAGGCGGUUGAUCAGGGCUGGCGGUGAGAAGAUCGGGCCGGCCUAUAUUGAUAAGGGUAGAGAAGCCGUUUCAAUUCAGUGA